GACUCCUUUAUUACACUACAUGUUAUUACUCUGAUUAAUUCGUAACAACGAGAAGCGCAGGUUACAAAUAGGUGUAACAAAUUUGUUCAGCUUGCCACGCCUCAGAUCUACGUGCAGGCUACCAAAUUCAGUCACCCACGUCAGCCGACGAUAGCGAAUUUGCGUCUCUUUGCCGCCGCACCGCUUCGCCCGCGACCUUGCCCGUCACUCCCGUCUGCUGUCGCUCUCCAAAGCGCGCCGCACACUUGACCGCGCGCUCCUCGCACCGCGUGAUUCCUCAGCCGUCUCGAAAGCCGGCACAGCUCGAGCGAUUCGACUCAGCCUGAGGCUGUUAGAGGUGGGAGGUGAAGGGGCGCACCCAGUAUGGAACCACAAGCAGGUGCUGUCAAGUACGCCCACCCGCAGGUGGUCUUCUUCACCUGCUUCUUCAAGGCAGCGGCACUCGGCUUCUACCUGCUGGGCAGCUGGGUAACGAGCAGCUUCGUGAUCGACUUCGUGGUGUGCGUGCUGCUGAUCGCGCUGGACUUCUGGGUGGUCAAGAACGUGAGCGGCCGCAUCCUCGUGGGGCUGCGCUGGUGGAACGAGACGGACGAGCAGGGCGAGACGCUCUGGCACUUUGAGUCGCUGGACCAGGCGUCGUUGGACCAGCUAAGCAAGACUGACGCGUGGGUCUUCUGGUGGACACUCUAUGCCACGCCAGCGGUGUGGCUGGGCUUCGGGCUCAUUCAGCUCAUCCGCCUGAGCUUUGACUAUCUCCUCAUUGUCAUCGUCGCCGUCGUGCUCGGAGCAGCCAACAUCUACGGUUACACCAAGUGCCGCCGAGAUGCCAAGAAGCAGAUCCAGCAAUUUGCAGCACAGACCAUGGCUCAGAAUUUCGCUUCCACUCUCACCUCAGCUCUUGCAGUCUGAUUUCUUUACUUGAAGUGCGUUGCUGAAUCCGAAAAAUCAAGAAAUGCAAUAGCAGAGUCGUGUCUAACAUCUGAACACCGAACCUAGCCUACCAAAACAGUGAGUACGAGUUGCACCGUAACUAGAUUUCAUGAGAAACAUAGUGAGAGAAGUGAAUUGUUUGAAGCUAACACUGUCCAGGGGGAUUCAAUGUUACUAAAGCGAUGUUAUCGAU